AUGAUAAACUUAAGUAUUUUACAGAUUUACAAUAUUUCAGGACAAACAGUUUAUAAAGUUAAUGGAAAAUGGAUAGAAAUAAUGUCAUUAGAACAAUUGAAAGAUGUAGUGAAUCAAUUGAAUAUUAGAAAGGAAAAUGAUGAUAAUGAUGAUGAUAAUGAUGAUAAUGAUAUAAUCAAUAGCUUUACAAGUCAAAACCAAUUAUUAGAUUAUAUAAUCAAAGAAUUGGCAAAGAAAAAAGUAGUUCUUUUGAAACCUUAUGAAGCAUGCGACUGUUUAUUAUGUCAGAGUAGACCCAACUCCUUACCCUAUAUUGAUACCUCUCAAAAUUGGAUAGAAAGAGUUAGAAUCAUUCUAUACUCAAUGACAGAUCACAGAUUGAAAUUACAUCGUCAACAUUUACAACAACAAAAACAAGAAGAAAAAGAAUCGUCGUCAUCAUCGUCAUCGUCACAAGCAAAAAUAGAAUCAGAAGAAAGUAUUUUAAAUAAUGGUAUUGCUACCAAAGAUAUUUAUAAGUAUAUGGAACUUCAUAAUAGUAUAUUGGGUUUAGAUAUACAAUAUCAAAGUUAUUGGAGAAAGUAUGUACCAGAGAGAAUAAAAAAUAGAAAAUACUUUGAAAAAGGUAUCCUCACUGGUCAUUAUAAACUAAUAAAUCCAAACGAUAACCCAUGGGAUUCUAAUUAUGUAUCAGCUGUCCCAAUUCCUUCAAAUUUUUAUAUAUCACCACCUUUUCAACCUAUUGAUAGCGAUCUUUAUGAUAAUGGGAUUUCAAAAAAUACAACCUCAUCAUCAUCUACAUCUACAUCAUCAACAAACUCAAUACCACCACCAUCUUCUUCUUCUUCAUCAUCGUCCUCUACAAGUAAAAAAAUUAAAACAACAAAUGAAAAUAGUUUUUUAUCAGAAUCAGUACCAUAUUUUAAUUAUAGUGGUCCAAGUAAUAUUCAUCCAUCUAAAAACAGUGAUAAAAUUAAUGAAUCUAAUAAUGGUAAAAAACUGUGUGGUGCACUUAGAUCAAAAGGUGGUACAUGUACAAUACCAUUUGAUAAAUGUAGAUAUCACAAUCAAGAAGUAAUCAAAAGAUUAGAGGAACGUAAAAAACAAAAAGAGGAAAAUUCAAAUAAAUUUGGUUCUGGAAAAAAAAGAAAAAAGUCAAAAUACAAUAGUGAGAGUGAAUCAGAAAGUGAUAGUGAGAGAGAUAGUGAUAUUGAUUUCGAUGACCAUCACAAUGAGCAUAAAAAAAGUAAAAUAAAAAAUAUUUCAAAAGAAAAAAAAAACUUAUCAUCAAACGAACACUCAGAUAAUGAAAAAGAUGUAAAUAGAAAUAAAAUAAUUCAAACUCAAUUAUUAGAUAAUAAUAAUAAUAAUAAUAAUAAUAAAAAUAAUAAUAAUAAUAAUAAUAAAAAUAAUAAUAAUGAUAAUAAUAAUAAUAAUAAUAAUAAUAAUAAUAAUAAUAAUAAUAAUAAUAAUAAUAAUAAUAAUAAUAAUAAUAAUAAUAAUGGUGACGAUGGUGAAAAUGAUAACAGCAAAAAUAUUAUAAAUGAUACCAAUAAAAAUAUAAAUGGCAAUUCCAAUGUUACGACAUCAAAUACAAAUACCACAAUAAAAGCGUUGUUUCCCUCAAAACCCACUAAUUUAUCAAAACCUUCUUCAUCUUCUUCAUCUUCUUCAUCUUCUUCAUCUUCUUCAUCAUCAUCAUCAUCAUCAUCAUCAUCAUCAUCAUCAACAUCAUCCUCAUCACCAUCAUCAUCAACAUCAACAUCAUCUUCAUCACCAUCAUCAUCAACAUCAACAUCAUCAUCAUCAUCAUCAUCAUCAUCAUCAUCAUCAUCAUCAUCAUCAUCAUCAUCAUCAUCAUCAUCAUCAUCAUCUUCUUCUUUACCAUCCAAAUCAACAUCAUCACCAUCUCUAAUACCAUCAUUAUUAGUAAGGAUACCUACAAAUAUUCCUUCGUUAUCUCGAAUACCAGCAACUACAAACAUUCCAAAAACCAAUGUUCAUACUGGUGGCAUAUCAAAGAAAAGAGAACUUGGUCUUGCAAAAGAUUUUGAAAAGUUUAUUUUAAAUCAAUAUAAUUUCUUUAGUGUUUUAAAUCAAUUAGGUGAUUUAGAAGAAUUAGGUUAUAAACUGUCAAAAGAAUACGUCAGGUUUAUGUUGUUAAAGAUGUUAGUUUCAAAUGAGGAAGGUAAAGAUGAAGGAGGAAUAAAAUUAAAAGCUCCAGAAAAGAUCCAGAAAUUUUGGUUUCUUCAUUACCAUCAAAAAGAAAAGUAUAUAGAAUUUUGCCGCUUAUUAAUCAUGAACAAACACAACUAUCAGGUUUUUGAAGAUUGUAAAUUGAAAAGUAUUAUAUUUUUUGAAACUCCAACAGAUGACCAAAACAAUAAUAAUAUUGGUUACGAGAAAACCUACAAAUUAUAUUUGGAUAUAUUUGGUGGGUUUGGUUAUAAUGGUAUUUGGGAUCUUCCUAUCGAAUGUAAAUAA